AUGGUGCGUGGAGCAAGGAAAGCUAUUGCUGUUGGGGCUGCGGUCGCUGUCGCAUGCACUCUGCAGCAGCACUUGAAUUUCGUUCCCGGUCCUCGGCAUGCUGCUCCAGUGGCCGCGGCGGCAGCCAGCAUGAUGAUGGCUCCUGCGGCCUUUGCUGAUGAGAUCGGCGAUGCUGCAAAGAAACUUGGGGAUGCCUCCUACUCUUUUGCCAAGGAAGUGGACUGGAACAAUGGAAUUUUCCUCCAGGCUCCUGGCAAGUUUCAGCCCUUGAAAGCUUUGAAAGCCAUUGACAAGAUGAUCGAAAUGGGGGCAGCUGCAGAUCCCAAGCUUCUGAAAGAGGCUGCAGAAGCACAUCACAAGGCCAUUGGAAGCAUCAGUGGGCCAAAUGGUGUGACUUCGCGUGCUGACUGGGAUGCCGUGAAUGCAGCCAUUGGUCGUAUAGUCGCUUCGGUCCCCAAAGCAAAGGUCAUGGCCGUUUACAAUUCAGUGAAAGACAUCACGGAUCCCAAAGUGCCAGCUUACAUGAAGUCCUUGGUGAACGGGCCCGAUGCCGAAAAGGCCUACCAAGGAUUCCUGGAAUUCAAGGAUGUUGUUGAAAAGAACCAGGUGACCACCGCCAGUGCUCCUGCAGUUGUGCCUUCUGGGGACAAGAUUGGUGUGGCUGCAAAAGCGUUGUCCGAUGCAUCCUAUCCUUUCAUCAAGGACAUCGAUUGGCUGUCAGACAUUUACCUGAAGCCGCUGCCCGGCAAGACUGCCCCAGACACCCUGAAAGCCAUUGACAAGAUGAUUGUGAUGGGCGCCAAGAUGGAUGGCAACCUCUUGAAGGCAGCAGCAGAGGCACACCACAAGGCCAUUGGCAGCAUUGAUGCCACCGGUGUGACGUCUGCGGCCGACUACGAAGCUGUGAAUGCAGCCAUUGGGCGCUUGGUGGCAUCCGUGCCGAAGACAACUGUGAUGGAUGUGUACAAUUCCAUGGCUGGCAUCGUUGAUUCCCAGGUCACCAACAACAUGUUCUCGAAGGUGAAUCCAUUGGAUGCAGUGGCUGCCGCCAAGGGUUUCUACACCUUCAAAGAUGUUGUGGAGGCUUCCCAGAAAGCUAUUGCUGUAGGAGUUGCGGUGGCUGUUGCAUGCGGUCUGCAGAAGCACUUGAAUUUUGUGCCUGGGCCUCGGCAUGCUGCUCCAGAGGCCGCAGCAGCAGCCAGCAUGAUGAUGGCUCCUGCGGCUUUUGCUGAUGAGAUCGGCGAUGCUGCAAAGAAACUUGGGGAUGCUUCCUAUUCCUUUGCCAAGGAAGUGGACUGGAACAAUGGCAUUUUCUUGCAAGCCCCCGGCAAGUUUCAGCCCUUGGAAGCUUUGAAAGCCAUUGACAAGAUGAUCGAAAUGGGGGCAGCCGCAGAUCCCAAGCUUCUGAAGGAGGCAGCAGAAGCACAUCACAAGGCCAUUGGGAGCAUCAGCGGGCCAAAUGGUGUGACUUCGCGCGCUGACUGGGAUGCCGUGAAUGCAGCCAUUGGCCGUGUAGUCGCUUCGGUCCCCAAAGCAAAGGUCAUGGCCGUUUACGAUUCAGUGACAGCCAUCACGGACCCCGGAGUGCCAGCUUACAUGAAGUCCUUGGUGAAUGGACCCGAUGCCGAGAAGGCCUACCAAGGAUUCCUGGAAUUCAAGGAUGUUGUUGAAAAGAACCAGGUGGCUACUGCAAGUGCUCCUGCAGUUGUGCCUUCCGGAGACAAAAUUGGUGAAGCUGCAAAAGCGUUGUCCGAUGCAUCCUAUCCUUUCAUCAAGGACAUCGAUUGGCUGUCGGACGUUUACCUGAAGCCCCUGCCCGGCAAGACUGCCCCAGAGACGCUGCAAGCCAUUGACAAGAUGAUUGUGAUGGGCGCCAAGAUGGAUGGCAACCUCUUGAAGGCAGCAGCAGAGGCACACCACAAGGCCAUUGGCAGCAUUGAUGCCACCGGCGUGACGUCUGCGGCCGACUACGAAGCUGUGAAUGCAGCCAUUGGGCGCUUGGUGGCAUCCGUGCCGAAGACAACUGUGAUGGAUGUGUACAAUUCCAUGGCUGGCAUCGUUGAUUCCCAGGUCACCAACAACAUGUUCUCGAAGGUGAAUCCAUUGGAUGCAGUGGCUGCCGCCAAGGGUUUCUACACCUUCAAAGAUGUUGUGGAGGCUUCCCAGAGAGCUAUUGCUGUAGGAGUUGCAGUGGCUGUUGCAUGCGGUCUGCAGAAGCAUUUGAAUUUUGUGCCUGGGCCUCGGCAUGCUGCUCCAGUGGCCGCAGCAGCAGCCAGCAUGAUGAUGGCUCCUGCGGCUUUUGCUGAUGAGAUCGGCGAUGCUGCAAAGAAGCUUGGGGAUGCUUCCUACUCCUUUGCCAAGGAAGUGGACUGGAACAAUGGCAUUUUCUUGCAAGCCCCCGGCAAGUUUCAGCCCUUGGAAGCUUUGAAAGCCAUUGACAAGAUGAUCGAAAUGGGGGCAGCCGCAAAUCCCAAGCUUCUGAAGGAGGCAGCAGAAGCACAUCACAAGGCCAUCGGGAGCAUCAGCGGGCCAAAUGGUGUGACUUCGCGCGCUGACUGGGAUGCCGUGAAUGCAGCCAUUGGUCAUGGCCGUUUACGAUUCAGUGAAGCCAUCACGGACCCCGGAGUGCCAGCUUACAUGAAGUCCUUGGUGAAUGGACCCGAUGCCGAGAAGGCCUACCAAGGAUUCCUGGAAUUCAAGGAUGUUGUUGAAAAGAACCAGGUGUCCACCGCCAGUGCUCCUGCAGUUGUGCCUUCUGGGGACAAGAUUGGUGUAGCUGCAAAAGCGUUGUCCGAUGCAUCCUAUCCUUUCAUCAAGGACAUCGAUUGGCUGUCGGACGUUUACCUGAAGCCGCUGCCCGGCAAGACUGCCCCAGAGACGCUGAAAGCGAUUGACAAGAUGAUCGUGAUGGGCGCCAAGAUGGAUGGCAACCUCUUGAAGGCAGCAGCAGAGGCACACCACAAGGCCAUUGGCAGCAUUGAUGCCACCGGUGUGACGUCUGCGGCCGACUACGAAGCUGUGAAUGCAGCCAUUGGGCGCUUGGUGGCAUCCGUGCCGAAGACAACUGUGAUGGAUGUGUACAAUUCCAUGGCUGGCAUCGUUGAUUCCCAGGUCACCAACAACAUGUUCUCGAAGGUGAAUCCAUUGGAUGCAGUGGCUGCCGCCAAGGGUUUCUACACCUUCAAAGAUGUUGUGGAGGCUUCCCAGCGCUGAAGGUAAAGACCAUCAGCAUGAAGUUUCGACAUUGCUUCAACAUGCCUCAAAACAUUUUUUUUAAUCUUGUAUCGUUACUGACAUUUGUAACAGUUUCUUAUGUUUCUUGACCAGGCGGAAACCUUUGGAGCCAAUGGAAAAAA